CGUCUUUGACCGGGUUGUUUUGUUGAAUAUUUUGGUAAACUUUGUGUUUUUGUCCAAUAACUAAAUGAACAAACAUGGAGGCCUUCAAACAGAGGUACUUGAGAAUAUGUCGGGACAUCCAAGUAUUUCCUCUAGAGUGCGUAAUGAGCCAACUCUCACAGGAAUUCAUCGAAGAAUCGAAAACGCUAGAUUUGUCGUCGUACAACUUGACUCCUGAAGACUGCCAUGCAUUGUCCACGACUUUAGCGGAUGACCUUUUUUUCAAGGAGCUAGUAUUUUCUGACUGUUUGCUAAGUGAAGAGUCAUGCAAACUUGUCCUCUUGGGCCUGAUGCCAAAUCGAUCAAUAACAAGUUUAAACUUAAAAGGAAACAAUAUCCGUUGCGGAGGUGCCGAAGUUCUUGGCCAGUUUCUGAAGAAGAAUACAAGCGUGCAUAGUUUACGACUUGAAUGGAAUUCUUUAGGUUUGUGGGACAGUGGCAUAGAAACUCUAGCUGAAGGACUAGCUCUAAACCAGACUCUUAUGAUUCUUGACUUGAGAAACAAUCAAAUAACRCAUGAAGGAGCUGCUCACUUAGCUGCCGCUUUGAAGAGAAACCAAACUCUAAAAGGACUUGAUCUCAGAUGGAAUAAUUUAGGAUUAUUAGGAGGAAGGGAAAUUCUGUCAGUAUUCAAGUACAACAAAUCCCUGACAUGCAUUGAACUUACAGGCAACAACAUUCCCCAGGAUAUCCUCAAAGCUGUGUUUCUWGCUGCAAAACAGAAUUUUGAUGUUCAGUCAUUAGAUGAAGAGCAUUGCAACAGGACAGAAAUGAUGGCAAGAGAACUGGAAAAGGCUGAAAACAUGAAAAUGAAAGAGGUUCUUUCACUUAGAGAUGAAAUGGCUAAAGAGCGCACCCAACAUGAACAAUAUUAUAACACAACACAAGACAGAAUAAAACAACUAAAUGACACACUAAAUGAAAGAAAACAGACAUUCGAUAGUCUCUCUGCCAAACUUUCUGCCACUGAGUCAGAGCUUUCUUUGGCUGAUAAAAAGUGUCAAGACUUAGAGAGUUUGUGUUUGAAUCUCAAAAAUGAACUGCAUUCAGAGAGAGAACAGAGAACAAAUGCCGAGCUUCAACACCACAAASAAAUGAACAAAGUUUUAGAGAGGAAUAUUGAACUUGAAAGUAAUGUUAGUGCUAUGGAGAGAAAAAGCAAAGGUUUAGAAAUUACUGUCAACAACUUAGAGAAAGAAAUUGAAAAAGUUAGCGCUGACCACAAAGUUAAAAGUGAAGAAAGUGAUAGACUCUUUAAAGAUGAGUUGCAGAARACAAAGCAACGUCUUGAAAAGGAAUUCCAAGAACUUCAUCWCAAGAUGUCAGCAAGCAACCAGACGUCACAAGAAAAACUCCAGAAAUUUGAAGACCAAAGGCACUUGCUCGAGAAGGAAUUGAGCACUUUAAGGUCAGAGAACAUGAAYAUUAAGUUGGAAGCUGAUGAGGAGCUUAUGCAUGCCAAAGCUAAGCUCAAACAAGAAGAGAUGAUACGUUCACAGCAGUAUGAAGAACGCAUAGCAUUGAUGCAAUCUUCUCGUGAUGAACUACAAACCCAGGCCAUGAAGCAGCUCUCAGAGAUAUCACAAAUCCAGACACAACUAAGUUCUGUUACACGRGAGUGUGAGUCCCAGAAGAGGCAACUUGAGUCUUUGAAGCAGCAGAUGGAUCACAAGGAUUCUGAAUAUAGACAAGAAAUAWCUCAUCUUAAAAUGGACCUCGAUGCAGCAAGGAAGGAAGCUGCAGCUCAACGAAAUGUUGUGUCAAAUUUGGAAGAGAAAYUCGCUGACGAAGACAAAAGGCACAGAGAAGCAGUAAAUCAGAAGGACAAAGAAAUUUCGUUCCUCAAUGAAAAACUAAAAAAUAAAGAGAGUGAGCUAAAACGUCAUCAGGAUGAAGAAAUCAAGCGAGCUGAGAUGUUYGAAAAAGCAAUUUAUAGUUUUGUUUCAAGCACUAAAACUGGUUCACAUUAACUACAAUAUGUGUGUGUGUUUGUUAUAUUUGUGUGGACACUUUUAUAAUACUAGAGCAGAGUCACAUGAACCAUGAAAUAAGAACUAAAAAGUACUAACUAAUAGGGACUAUUAGUUCCUAAUAGUCGUUAGCACUGA